GGUGGGAUUUGAACCCUGCUUCAAGUCAGCGCCUUUUUAUCGUUCCAUACUCCCAUCACCCUGAGGACGCUUCCCAUAUCAGCCAUUUUCCAGGGAGGUGACCCUGAGUGAGGUAGGCUCAGCUUCAGUGUCCUAAGUCUAGAAAAUGGGGGUGACAACAACGAGAAUGAUGAUACUAGGCGGGCCACGAUGGACAGAGCACCGAACCCGGAGUCCGGAACACUUGAAUUUCAAUCCAACCUCUGGCAUUUACUAGGAGUGUGACCCUGGGGGAACAGACCUGGAGAAGUCGCUCCAGGAACAGGAACAGGAACAGGACCAAAAGCAAUGGCGGGCAGGUAGGCAGUAGCCCCAGUUUAGAGGGGAAGAAAGAAACUGAGGCUUACGGAGGUGAGAGUGGUCCCCUAGCAAGGGAGUGCCAAGUACAGUACUUGCUGGCGCCCUUCCUGGUCAGCACGGGGGAGUGAGCCUUUUAACGGCGGAGCUGCCCCAAAGGUCAGUGUCUCUGCAGGUGUCCAAGGAGAGGCUGCCUCAGAGUUUUCCCAGAUGAGGUACAGGUUGGACUUGAUGCAUUCUGGGCACAAGUGACCUCUCUCUUCCCCCACUGCCCACCCUGGCUCCCUGCUGCUCCCUGCUGUUCUUAGCUGGUUAGUCUUUAGCGUUUGUCUGUCCACUGAGGCUCCCACCCCACCCCCAUCCUUGAGUACUCUCCAAAUCUUCCAAGACUAGGGAAGGACCGCCUACCCUGUCCCGGCCAUUGUCUCCUGCCCUCCACCAGGGAGAGAGUUCUGCAAAGGAGCUCUAUCUAACACCAGAGUGAGAAGAGGAAGGCCUAGAGAGACCAGCCAACACUAAGGGACAGACUCAAUAGGAUUCUACUGGCCCGAAUGACUAUAUACGGGAACUGAUUGUGUGGCAGGGGCCUGAGAUGGACUGAGUGAGAGGUGAAUUGGAUCCAACUGACCCGAACGGAAAGAAACCCAUCACAUCAACUGCAGUAGAACUGAACCGAACGGAACCGGUCAACCAAAGCGAAAGGAACUGAUCCGGAAGUGACAGAACGUCCUUCGGCAGCUUCAGAAGGGUGAGGAUGGCGGCCAAGCAGCCCCGCCGCGGGUCUGCCCGAGGCGCCUCUCAGAGCCGAGGAGAGGAGAUGGAGGCCAUGAUGGAUGCCUGGCACCGCCUGGGCACCCUCACUGAUCUGCAGGGCGAUUCUGGUGGCCGCCAGCAGCCGCCGCCGCAGCAGCCGCCGCCGCCACAGCCCCAGCAGCGAGGCCGACCUCGUACCCGCUGGCCCCGCUGGAGCCCAGAGGGAGGCCCCUCCCCAUUCAUGGGCCCCAGGUCCAGAAUGGGGGCAGGGGCGGUGCAUGAGCACCACCACCACCAUCACCACCACCACCACCACCAUUCCCGCAUGGAGGGGGCCCAGGGUGCUGCGGGUGCCGUUGGUGAUGCUCAGGCAGGGGCAGCUUCAAGUGCCUGCCCAGAUGUAUGGGGAGGUCAGCAGCUGAGGGAGAGCGAGGACAGUGAAGCCAGCGAGGGCAGCGAGGGCAGCCAGAGGCGCCGGGAGCGCAAGGCCGCCACUGCUGCUGCCGUUCCCGCCACCGGGCCUCUAUUCCAGGAGGCAGCGGCCGCGGCCAGGGCCACGAGCGGGAAUCCAAAUUUGGCGCUCGGGGCCCGCCCCCGACAGCCCAUGGGCGGCCGGGGCAGGGGCCGCCCUCGAGGGCGGGGCCAGAGCCGCGGGGAACUGAGAGAGGCAGAGGAGGCAGCCGGGGCCAGUGGCGGCCGCUGGCGAGCAGCCAGCCCCUCCCCGCCUCCUGUGGUGGGCCCGCAUCGCUCGGGCUACCUGCUGCGCCCCAGGACCCGCGGAGCCGAGGCGGCCGGUGGCCCGGGUGAGGGACCUUCCACUUCAGCCUUCGGCCUAUCGGGAACCAGUCGUAUUCAGGAGCAAGAUGUCGUCGUGGUGGGGAAGAAGUCGCCGAGAAAGAAGAGAGGCCCACGUAGACGGGUGCUGCCGCUUCCCUACCAGAUGGAGAAGCCUACUAGUGACGAAGAAAGAGAAGAGACCAGGAGAUCAGUCCCCCCUGAGGAGGAAGAGGAGGAGGAGGAACAGGAGGCUGCUGCGGCUGCAGCAGCCGCAGCCGCUGCAGCCGCAGCCGCUGGAGCUGGGGCUGGGGCUGGAGCUGGGGCUGGAGCUGGAGCUGGAGCUGGAGCUGGAGCUGGAGCUGGAGCUGGAGCUGCUUCGAGGAACCCCCUGCAGAGAUCUCAGUCCAGGAUUGAAAAGAAGGUCUGUGAGGUGGUCCAGUACCUGCUAGUGAAGGAUCAGACAAAAAUACCCAUCAAGCGGACUGAUAUUGUGAACACCAUAAUUAAAGAAUACAAGGAAAUGACCACAGAAAUCAUCAACCGAGCUGGUCAGAUGUUGGAACAGGUGUUUGGAAUAGAGCUGAAGGAGAUUGAUGACAAGGCCCCUGCUUAUGUGCUCCUUAACAAAUUGGAGCCUCUGGAAGAGGAUGACACUAUGAGACCAAAACAUGAUACAGCAAAGAUGGGACUUCUGAUGGUGAUUCUCAGCCUCAUUUUCAUGAAGGGGAACUCUGCUAGGGAGGCUGUGGUGUGGGACAUGCUCAGGAAGAUGCGGCUUAACCCAGACAAAAAGCAUCCACUGUUUGGGGAUGUGAAGAAGCUGGUCACUGAUGAGUUUGUCCGCCAGAGGUAUUUGGAAUACAACCGGAUUCCCUACACUGAUCCUGAGGAGUUUGAGUUUCUUUGGGGACCCAGAGCUUUCCUGGAGACCAGCAAGAUGCAGGUCCUUCGCUUCGUGGCUAAGAUCCAAAGGAGAGACCCUCGGAGCUGGGCAGUCCAAUACAACGAAGCUCUUCAGGACGAGGCAGCAACUGCCUCUGCCUCCGCUGCUUCUGCCUCCGCCUCCACUGCUUCUGCAUCUGCUUCUGCCUCUGCCUCUGCAUCUGCCUCCGCCGCUUCCGGCUCUGGCUCUGCCUCUGCCUCUGCCUCCGCCUCCGCCUCUGCCUCCGCCUCGGCUUCAGCCUUGGCUGAGCCUGAUGUCCUGGCUGAGACCGAUUCUGAGUCUGAUACUGAGGCUGAAGCCUGUGCCUCUGCCUCUGCCAGUUUCUUGGGGUAGGAGAGCGCCCAGUCUGAGUCCCCCUUUGAGGAGGCAGUUUUGUUCUACGGGAACAUAGUAGUAGUUAUGAGUUAAGACCCACCCUCUGUAGUCAGGGUCUAAUAAAAUUGCAAGUUGA